AUGGAUACACCUCCUGUGAAGAGGGGUUCUCCGCCCUCCGUGGAGCGUGGUACUCCCUCGAAAAGGAUCAAGACCCUACCCGAAGAGCCGACGCAGUACAGCGAUGCCGUGCGAAAGAAACUCGCCGCCACCUCCCGCACAGGACAGGCCUGCGAUCGAUGUAAAGAGCGGAAAAUGAAGUGCGACAUAGAUCCCAUGGCCUGUCAGCCUUGUCGUCAAAAGGGUCUUCGAUGCUACACCACCGACCGUGUCACCGGCCAAGCCAGAGAAAGAGGAGAAACAAGCCGGGCGGAAAACGAGCUGCAUUUCCUGAGGGAACAAUUGGCUGCGUAUCAACACAGGUACGGCCCUUUGCAGAGGCCCGACACCAAAGAUCCGGUACCUGCAACGAUCAAAGAGCCUCCUCCUGUAAUCGGCCCAUAUCCCACCGUGUCUGUCCCAGAUGCACGCUACGUCGGGUGGCCUGCGCCGGACCACUCAGAGCCACUUGAAUCCGGCCCCGUUAAAGGCACAGUGGUCGACAUCAUGGACGGUACAGUUGAUAUAAGUGCGUGGGAUUGUGAGAUGAUGAGGGACUAUCCUCCAACCACGAGGAACAGAUUCAACCUGUCCAGAACAUCCAUUACCAACACAAUAGCAGGAUAUCAACGGGUCGAAGACCCUAAAUUGCCCCCCAGAGAGGAGGCCUUGCGCGACGCCAGCCAUUUUCUAGUGAUCAUGUCGCAAUAUGUCCCAGUCGUUCAUCGACCCAGUUUCCUGGAACUAGUGCGAGAUUUCUACGCUCGCCCGACCAUGUUGACGGCAGCCGAGCGUGUGCAAGUGGUAAUGGUAUUUGCCAUUAUCGCCCACCAGACAGCGGUUAGAAACCACUACCAUUCAACCGAGAAGUUUGAGGACUCACAUCGCUAUCUACACUACGCGUUGGGGUCCUACCGCGACCUGUGGCACGACCGUUCGCUCGCUUCCAUGCAGGCCAUGGCCCUGAUCAUUGUACAUUUUCGUAAUCUCCCCAAGCCAGGUGUCUCAUGGACAUACAGCCACAAAGUGCUCGUGCGAGCCAUUGAGCUGGAGUACCAUCGUGAUCCCGACAAGAUCGAUCUUCCCGAGGGCGAGAGAGACCUCCUUUCAAAGGAGCUCCGAAAGAGGGUCUUCCAUUCCAUACUGGGCAUAUGUGUGACGACGGGCUGCAGGGUGGGUUCGCCGGCUCCGUGGCAGUUCCAGCACAUCGACUUGCCGCUUCCCAGACCACUUAAGGACUCUGAGCUGUCCAAGGAGGGUGUUUCCUCUGACCUCUCGGGCCAUUGCGAUUUCUGGCCCUGCCUCCACCUGGCAAAACUUCUUCCGUUACUCACAGAACUUCAUAAUAACAUCAUCUCCGUGAGGAGGCCGGCCGCUACAUAUCUUCGUACUGUGAACGCACUCAACACGAAGAUCAACGCCUGGAAACUAGAUUGGGACGAGUCGAUCAAGAACGAACCUAAACACGUCAAUAUCACAGUGGCUACCCUUCUUAUAGAGACAUGGGCUGCGGAAUAUCAGCUGAACCUCUACCAUCCAGCCUGUUGCACCAGUGACGAUCCUGAAGUCAUGGAUCGGCAUUUAGACAUGAGCCACAAAUCCGCAAAGCGUCUACUACAAAACUUCCACAUUCUGUCAAGCAAGUACAAAGGCGUCGACUUUACCUGGCAUUCGACUUUAGCCUAUGCCACCGGCUUUGGGAUAACGUUGUAUACCUACAGGCGGCGGAAAACAUUGUUGACCAUGGAACAAUAUGAGGCCAUGAGGAACGAGCUGAAAGGCUGGAUCUCCCUCAUGGCCUAUGCGGAUUUGGUCUUGAGUAAGUCGAUCUCUGAGAGAUGGAAGAAACUUCAUUUUAACAAUACCCAUGUAGGGACUGGCAACCAUCUAGUUCGACUGUUCCAGCCUCGGGUGCGGGCUCUCGAGGAAGAAUACCGAAGGGUCAUGGUCGAUGCCGCCCCUAAACCCCCGAACAGUAUCCAACCACCUUCCUUCGUCCCUGUCAACGGCCCCGGCAUCCCUCUUCGACACAAGCUCGAACUGCUCAAUCAGGCACCCAGUCUCGAAGCCGAGACUUUACGGCGGAAACAUACACUCCCUCAUCCCGUCUUCAUACAUUCCCAGGUUCGGCCACAGAGCCAGCCACAGUCUCCAUCGAACCAAUCUUCAUCGCUGCAGCCAUGGCCCUUAUCCAUUCCGUUCCUGGCACAGCCGCAAUCGCUGAAUCUGGGUCAUCCAGCAGCAGCGAAUCCCUCGUCCCCGAUAUAUCCGGCCUUCGGCCAGUCUCCGGCCGGUGGACUUGCUACGCUGGCUUCUCCGAUCCAGUCGAUCCCGACAUCGUUGGCUUCGCUGCUCAACAAUUCAGGUGGGCUGUAUGUCAACUACCCGUCACCAUCUCAGACACAAGAUAGCCUGGGUGUAGGUGGCGGUGGGGGCGGCGGCGACGACCCCGUUAUGAGCUUCUCACCCAACAACCAUUACUUGGACGGACCGGGUCCUACGGUCUGGCCGCUGAUAACCAUGCCACCUGGGCAGCAGUCAUCGAACUAA